UUUACUAAAAUUUUAAAUCAACGCAGGAAAAAGUUAAGCGAUUUUAGAAAGCAAAUUGUCAAGAUAUUAGUAAAGUUUAUUAUAUAAAUAAAGAUACUAAAAUGUCUGAUGAUGAAGAAAUAACAUAUGUAAAAAAACAAAAAAUUGUUCACUAUGGAAGCUUGGAAGAACAGGAACAUCAACGUUUAGCUGAGCAGGAAAAAAAACAAACUGAAGAUGAUGCUGAAGGAACUAGAAGUGAUGAUGAUACUAGUGACAAUAUUAAGGUGGCUAUUGCUGCAGGGAACAUUAACAUGUCUGAUGAGUAUAUGGAACUUGAAGAAGAAUUAAGCAAAGACAAACAGUUAUUACUAGAAGAGUUUGAAAAACGAAAAAAGGCAAGACAAAUAAAUGUUUCAACAGAUGAUGCAGAAGUAAAACUAACAUUAAGACAACUUGGAGAACCAAUAUGUCUAUUUGGAGAGGGUCCUGCUGAUAGAAGAGAGAGACUUCGUCAGCUUUUAGCUCGAUUAGGAGAAGAUGCUAUUAGGAGAAAAAAAGAAGAGGAAUAUAUUCAAGAAGAAAAAGAAAAAGAAUGUGAAUCCACUUGGUAUCAUGAAGGUUCAAAAGGUUUGAAGGCAGCAAGGUUAUGGAUAGCUAGAUAUUCUAUACCCAAAGCUAAAGCAAGACUACAGAAAGCAAGAGAAGAUAAAAAUGUACCAGAAUCACAAAAGAAUGCAAAACAACAAGAACUCUAUAAAAAGUUACGGUCUAUUAAUAUUAACUGUAGUCAAAUUGGAGAUACUCGUCCAAUAUCAUUUUGUCAAUUUAGUCCAAAUUCUAAAAUUUUAGCCACAGCUUCUUGGAGUGGAUUAUGCAAACUGUGGUCAGUUCCUGAUUGUCAACUUAUAAGAACUCUAGAAGGACAUAAUUAUAAUGUUGGAGCAAUAGUAUUUCAUCCUCAAGCUACACUUUCUCUCUCAGAUUCUGAAUGCUGUAUGGCAACAUGUGCCACAGAUGGAUCAGUUAAACUGUGGGACUUGCAAAGUAAGAAUCCAAUUGCUAAUAUUGAAGGUCAUGCACCAUAUCGUGUUUCACGAUUAGGAUUUCAUCCAUCUGGUAGAUUUUUAGCAACUUGUGUGUUUGACAAUUCUUGGAGGCUCUGGGAUCUUGAAGCAAGGGAAGAAGUUCUUCAUCAAGAAGGCCACAGUAAACCAGUAUAUGAUCUUUCUUUUCAAUGUGAUGGAUCUUUAAUAGCUACUGGAGGAAUGGAUGCAUUUGGUCGUGUAUGGGAUCUAAGAACAGGAAGAUGCAUUAUGUUUUUGGAAGGACAUCUGAAAUCAAUUCUUUCUAUUUGCUUUUCUCCAAAUGGAUAUCAAAUAGCUACAGGAAGUGAAGAUAAUACAAUAAAAAUUUGGGAUAUGCGCCACCAAAAAUAUCAAUACACAAUACCAUCUCAUGUAAAUCUCGUUUCUCGAGUGCUAUUUGAAAAAAAUUCAGGACAAUUUCUUAUUAGUACUUCAUAUGACAAUUCAUUAAAGAUUUGGGCUCACCCUGGUUGGACAUCAAUUCAAACAUUGAGUGGACAUGAUGGCAAAGUAAUGGGUGCAGAUAUUGCUCCAAAUGGACAUUUUAUAGCAACGUGUUCAUUUGACCGCACAUUUAAACUAUGGGCACCAGAAUAAUAUCUAAAAGAUUAUCUCAUCUUAAUAAAAUUAUAUAUAUUAAAUCUUAACAAAGUUAUGUACAUAUUGCAAUUUAAACUACAGAAAAGCCAUUUUUAUUAGAUA